ACAGGCGCAGCGCAGCGGCUCAUCUCCUUCCUCUCUCUCUCUCUCGCCUCGCUCGGACGAGACCGAAGCCAAAAAGCGAACCAGCAAACCCCACGCGGCGGCGCUAGGGUUUGCGCCCCCCCGGCGUCACCGGCGCGGGCACCGGAGGCAGCGAUGGCGGGGCAGGAGCGGAGGACGAUCGAUCUGGAGGAGGGAUGGGCGUUCAUGCAGAAAGGCAUCACCAAGCUAAAGAACAUCCUCGAGGGCAAGCCCGAGCCGCAGUUCAGCUCCGAGGACUACAUGAUGCUCUACACGACGAUAUAUAACAUGUGCACGCAGAAGCCGCCGCACGACUACUCGCAGCAGCUCUACGACAAGUACCGCGAGUCGUUCGAGGAGUACAUCACCUCCAUGGUAUUACCUUCAUUAAGAGAGAAGCAUGAUGAGUUUAUGUUGAGGGAGCUAGUGCAAAGGUGGUCAAACCAUAAAGUCAUGGUUCGGUGGCUCUCACGCUUCUUCCAUUAUCUUGAUCGGUACUUCAUCUCACGGAGGUCACUUACCCCACUUAAAGAAGUUGGACUUACCUGCUUCCGGGAGUUGAUAUAUCAAGAGAUCAAAGGACAAGUAAAAGAUGCAGUUAUUGCUUUGAUAGACAAAGAGCGUGAGGGUGAACAGAUUGACAGGGCUUUGUUGAAGAAUGUCCUGGAUAUAUUUGUUGAAAUCGGGUUGGGUCAAAUGGAUUGUUAUGAAAAUGACUUCGAAGAUUUCUUGCUUAAGGAUACUACAGAAUACUACUCUGUCAAGGCUCAAAGCUGGAUUCUUGAGGACUCUUGUCCGGAUUAUAUGAUUAAGGCUGAGGAGUGUUUGAAGCGAGAGAAGGAGCGAGUUGGUCACUAUUUGCAUAUUAGCAGUGAACAGAAAUUAUUGGAGAAAGUGCAAAAUGAAUUGCUUGCCCAAUAUGCAACUCCACUGUUGGAGAAGGAGCAUUCGGGGUGUUUUGCUUUGCUUCGUGAUGACAAGGUUUGUUGGAAACAUGAUAAGGUUUUGCUUUGCUCCAUUCAUGAAUGCAUCAACAAUAUUGACUACAUUUCUCUAUUGCUACAGGUUGAGGAUCUUUCUAGGAUGUACAGGCUCUUCUCCAAAAUUAGCCGUGGUCUGGAACCUAUUUCUAAUAUGUUUAAAACGCAUGUCACGAAUGAGGGUACGGCCUUGGUCAAGCAAGCAGAAGAUUCUGCUAGUAAUAAGAAGCCAGAGAAGAAGGAUAUGGUUGGUAUGCAAGAACAGGUUUUUGUGUGGAAAAUCAUCGAACUGCAUGACAAGUAUGUAGCAUACGUGACAGAAUGUUUCCAGGGCCAUACACUCUUCCAUAAGGCACUUAAAGAAGCCUUUGAGGUCUUCUGUAACAAGGGUGUCUCUGGCAGUUCAAGUGCUGAAUUGCUCGCUACCUUCUGUGAUAACAUUCUGAAGAAAGGCUGCAGUGAAAAGCUCAGUGAUGAAGCCAUUGAAGAUGCCCUUGAGAAGGUGGUAAGAUUGCUUGCAUACAUCAGUGAUAAAGACCUCUUUGCUGAGUUCUACAGGAAGAAACUUGCAAGAAGAUUGCUUUUCGACAAAAGUGCUAAUGAUGAACAUGAGAGAAGCAUCCUGACAAAGCUCAAGCAACAGUGUGGGGGGCAAUUUACUUCAAAAAUGGAGGGCAUGGUUACUGACCUUACCGUUGCAAGAGAUCAUCAAACUAAGUUUGAAGAGUUUGUAGCUGCACAUCCGGAGUUGAAUCCUGGGAUAGACUUGGCUGUCACUGUUUUGACAACAGGAUUCUGGCCUAGCUACAAAACUUUUGACAUAAACCUUCCUGCUGAGAUGGUUAAAUGUGUAGAGGUUUUCAAGGAGUUUUACCAAACAAGAACAAAGCACAGGAAACUUACCUGGAUAUAUUCCUUGGGAACCUGUAAUAUCAAUGCAAAGUUUGAGGCCAAACCUAUUGAGCUUAUUGUUACGACAUAUCAGGCUGCAUUGCUACUGCUAUUCAAUGGGUCUGACAGGCUUAGUUAUUCUGAGAUUGUAACACAACUAAACCUUUCAGAUGAUGAUGUAGUGCGUUUGCUCCAUUCACUCUCUUGUGCGAAGUACAAGAUUCUUAACAAAGAACCAGCUAACAGAUCUAUUUUGCCCAAUGAUGUUUUUGAGUUCAAUUCAAAAUUCACUGACAGGAUGCGAAGAAUUAAGAUACCUCUACCUCCCGUUGAUGAGAAGAAAAAGGUUGUCGAAGACGUUGACAAGGACAGAAGGUAUGCAAUUGAUGCAUCAAUCGUGCGCAUUAUGAAGAGCCGCAAAGUUAUGGGUCAUCAACAGCUAGUUGCGGAAUGUGUCGAGCAGCUCAGCCGGAUGUUCAAGCCUGAUUUUAAAGCCAUUAAGAAGAGAAUUGAGGAUCUCAUCACGAGGGACUACUUGGAGCGCGACAAGGACAACGCGAAUAUGUACAAAUACCUGGCUUGAUUGGUCGUCGUUGCCAAGUCAAAACAGCUUCGAGACUUGCGUACUACUACCAUGGGGUGGCAGCUACUGCAAUGUAAUGGUGCUUCAACAACUUUUGCCAUGCCAUGAUUUGCAGGGCCUUUUGGGGCUAUCCAUGCGUGCUGUUGCAUAUCCUUCCGGACACAGCAUGGGCUGGACUCAUUUUGUACAUUCGUCGUCAAAUAGUAGAAUCGUUGCCUACAUUAGGGAUAUGCUACGAGGAUAGCGGAGUCACUCUGUAACUGCUGUUCGCGCCGUAUCAUGGCAUGCUUUAAUCAUAUAUUAAGCACUCGCAAGUUGACUUGGAUGAUUGAUACUUUGAAAUGUUGUGGUCUAUGAAAUAGUGGUAACUGGGGUAUUGUGCUGUUUA